UUGAAUUCUUUGAAACCGAAACCAGAGAUACCACGUUGUGGACGUUCUAUUCAAAAUGGCCAAGAAAAAGUGGCGUUUGAAAGCCCGGGAAACUUCUACAGAUGUUCCUGUCGUCAAGUUUUCUCACGGAUCGCUGAAAUCGGGCCAGCGGCUACGGACCGACGUCUACGAACACAAGGAAACCAUCGCGGGACGAGUCCGAACCCGCAGAAUCCUUGUCUCCGAAUCCGACGGUGUUCAGUACGUAGGCGAAAACUUCGGAGAACACUCUGUUCGCGCCAAUGCGCUCUGCAAGCACUUCAUCGGCGUCGAAGACGUCUCAUCGGGAAAGGUGCGUCUUUAUCCUGCCAACCUGAUAACAAUGAGACCUUACUUUGCACCGGCGUCGACGAAAGCGUCCACAGCCGACACGACAACGACGACCUACCGCGAAAAAGCGGACGCCUUGGCUACCGCUUUCGGAAGCAAACGAAAAAGACAAGCCGUCGAGAGUCGGCAACGUCUGAACGUCGACGAAUCUACACUGCACUCGACGGCAACUUCGACUCUGGCCGAAAUCAAAGUCGCCGCAUCAGAGCAGCUGGCCAAAACAUCCUCACACACGCCCACAACCACCGCAGACUCUAUCUUGGAGUCCAUCCCUCCCCAGAACAAGGACGCCACAAUACCUCAAGAGGUGUACAGACUCGAAGAUAUCAUUCCACCGGCGCACAACGGGUACCUAGACGAACUGGCGGAGCCGUUCCUAACCGCAGACGCCGACGACGUCGCGAAGUGGCGUUCCGAAGCAGAGUACCCAGACUACGUCCUUCAGCGUUUGGGCCGCCUGUCCAGGGACCCUCUGAACAGGGUUCUAGAAGCUCGGAUGCUCAUCUACUACCACAUGCUCAUCCAGGUCUCAAGACUGAAGUACACCGACCUGAAACGCAAAGACCCUCUGCCAAACAUUGACGCACCUCUAAAGCACAUCCUCCUAGACACCUUCACCCUGACGUCGAAGAAUGAGAAGGGCAUGACGUCGCGGACAUUUCCCCAGAGGAUGAAGGACAAGGUCCUAGCCUACAUCCUGGUCUUGGUUCUGAUUCUUGAGGACUACAAGUAUGACUUCGGGCUGGUCCAGCCGGACACCAAGGCGGCCAACAUGCGGAUGACGACGUUGAGCUACGCCUUGGGUUGUCACGUCGGCUCGCACAAGCUACCUGGGUCUCACGUCACCACAAAGUUCUUAGAACUCAAGUUGCCUCUGGUUGAUCCCAGCCAGCAACACAAAAACAAGAGAGUGCGAACGUGAACAGUAAAAUACAAGCCAUACUGGGUAUCAAUAGUUUGUUGGAUAACAACUUGCCCGACCAGCUUAAUGUCGACAAGACCAUAUAAUAAUCUUUAAAAAAGUU